UGCAUCAAGGCCUUUCAUAACCUAUGUCUGAGACACACAAAAAGUGUCGGUUCAUUAUACACAUCAGGUGUUUUUGAUUGUAUAAAAGUUCACGAUGCCGUUGGAAAAUUUGGAAGAGGAAGGUUUGGAGAAAAAUCCGAAUCUGGAAUUGGCGCAAACUAAAUUCCUGCUGAGUCUUCCUGAGCACAGAAAUGACCAUUUUCUGAAGACGAAACUCUUGGAUGCCAUCAAAGCCGAUAACAUGGCUCCAUUUUACGAAGAGGUGUGUAAAGACUUGGACUGGUCGGUAGAUGAUACGCUUCUUUCAACAAUGAAGGCACACAAUACGGAGCAAUUGAAGAAGCUCGACGAUGCUAUAGAAGAUGCUGAGAAAAAUUUAGGCGAGAUGGAGGUUCGGGAAGCUAACUUGAAGAAAUCCGAAUACCUAUGCCGAAUAGGUGAUAAGGAAGGUGCAAUUUCAGCAUUUAGGAAAACUUACGACAAGACAGUAUCUUUAGGGCACAGGCUAGAUAUCGUAUUUCACAAUAUUAGGAUUGGUCUGUUCUAUCUGGAUCAUGAUCACAUUACUAGAAAUAUUGAAAAGGCCAAGAGCCUGAUAGAGGAAGGUGGCGACUGGGACAGACGAAACCGUCUAAAGGUUUAUCAAGGAACAUACUGCAUAGCGGUGCGCAACUUUAAGGAAGCUGCAAACUUUUUCUUGGACACAAUUAGCACGUUCACAAGUUACGAACUUAUGGAUUACAAUACGUUCGUGAGAUACACCGUAUACUUGAGUAUGAUAAGCCUCCCGCGCAACGAGCUGAGGGACAAAAUCAUUAAGGGAUCUGAGAUACUAGAGGUUCUUCAUAGCAACUCGGACGUUAAGGAUUACUUGUUUUCGUUGUAUAAUUGCCAUUACGCGGACUUCUUCAAGAAUCUCGCACACGUUGAAGGAUUAUUGCGCCGAGAUUACUUGGUAUUUCCGCAUUAUCGGUAUUACGUUCGAGAGAUGCGCAUACUCGCGUACACGCAACUACUGGAAUCCUACCGGUCUUUGACCCUCCAGUAUAUGGCCGAAGCAUUUGGUGUUACAGUGGAGUACAUCGAUCAAGAAUUGUCGCGCUUCAUAGCAGCAGGGAGAUUGCAUUGCAAAGUCGAUCGAGUUGGAGGUGUGGUCGAAACCAAUCGACCGGACAGUAAAAACUGGCAGUAUCAAGCCAUGGUGAAGCAAGGGGACCUCCUACUCAACAGGGUGCAGAAAUUAUCGCGUGUUAUUAAUAUUUAAUUUCAUAUAUCGCAUUAUACGUAUGUCAAAUAUAUGCGCAAUACACUUUCUAACAAUAAAAUUUACUUACCUUAUAAAUAACGCAAAAUUAUAUGAUUGUAUUUAGCGAAUAUCUGCAUAUUGAAUAAUGUUUUUUAUGAAA